GUUCAUCCAGCAGUUCAGCCAGUGUAAAGCCACGGCUCGUGACCUCAAGCUCAAAUACCUGGUGAACCUGGAGACGCUGCAGCCAGCCUUCUACUCAGAGUGCUUCCGGGUCACUGAGCCCUUGGCCGGAGAGGUCACCAUCGUCGUCACAGGCAACAACGGCAUCCAGUGGUCCCAGGGGGAGGAUAAGGAGGCAGACAAGGUAGGGAGUAGUAGCAUUCUCUUCUCUUUUCUGUUCCUCUUCUUUCGCUCUCUUUUCCUUUUUGUUCUAGUUUGUUGUUCCCCUCAUCUUUUUCUUCCUCUUUCUCUUACUUUUCCUUCUCGUCUUCUCCUUUUAUCUUUCUCUUUUCUAUGAUUUUCUUCUUGGAAACAGCAAAGGACAUGUUGAAACAACCACAAAGGGCUAGGGUUAGUCAUGUGUUCAAAUUGUCUCCUGCAAUCAUUUCAUAGAGCGUGAGAGGAAGGAUGUUUGAAACGGUUGUGCAUUCAGGAUGGCUGCUACUACUCUCUUUCUCUCUCUCUCUCGCUCUCUCUCUAUAGGGUUUCCAGACGUACUGUGAUUUCCCUGAGGUUAUUGACAUCAGCAUCAAGCAAGCCAACAAGGAUGGCUCUAUCGAGAGUCGCAUCGUCACCAUCAACAGACAGGACAGUCAGACUCUGGUAAGAGGACAAAAGCUGUGUCUGAAAUGAAACGCCAUUUUCAAUAUAGUGCACUGCUUUUGAGCAGAGCCAUAGGGCCAUAAGUAAGUGCACUUUGUAGGGGAACAGGGUGACGUUUCAGACUCAGCCCAAGUGUUAUGUUAGAUCAGAACAGGAACAUUUCUCAUAUCCUUGUAUACCUUGUAUUAUGUGUAACAGAGGACUGAUCCACCCCUCUUUUCUCCUCCAUCCUCUUCCUCUGUCCAUCUCGCUCUACUACACAGGAGCUGGAGUUCCAUUCCCUGUCGGAGGCUCUGUCCUUUGUGUCUUUGGUGGAUGGCUACUACCGGCUCAUAGCAGACGCUCACCACUUCCUGUGUAAAGAGGUGGCGCCCCCUAGGCUGCUGGAGGCCAUUCAGAGUUACUGCCACGGCCCAGUCUCGUAAGUCAAGACUAGGCACAUAAUAAUAAUAUGCCAUUUAGCAGACGCUUUUAUCCAAAGCGACUUACAGUCAUUUGGGCAUACAUUUUUACGUAUGGGUGGUCCCGGGGAUCGAACCCACUACCCUGGCGUUACAAGCGCCGUGCUCUACCAGCUGAGCUACAGAGGACCACAUAUACAAACACAAGAACAUCCGCACACACAUAGACAGGUGUACUAGUGGUGUGCGGCUCAGCUGUUUGUUCACCCGCAUCCGGGUGCCUGAUUUUAGGUAUGUUUCCGACAUUUUGGUAGGCUAUUUGUUAGUCAACUUGUCUAAAACAAAAAUGUAAAAUAAUUAGAUACAUGCAGCUUCUCUUCUGUCAUUAUACAGUGCAUUCGGAAAGUAUUCAAAGUAUACGUUACAGCCUUAUUGUAAAAUGGAUUAUAGUUUUUUCCCCCUCAUCAAUCUACACACAGUACCCCAUAAUGACAAAGCAAAAACAGGUUUUUAGAAUUUUUUACACAUUUAUACAAAAAUAAAUAAUAAUUCUACCCAUUUUAGAAUAAUGCUGUAACAUAACAAAAUGUGGAAAAAGGGAAGUGGUAUGAAUACUUUCCCGAAUGCACUGUAAGUUGUCCUAGAAGUAAGUGUUUGUGCGCUAAGCCUAUGUAUAAAUGUUUAUUUAAAUGGUGUAGUAUGAAAAAUGUAUGCACUCACUAACUGUAAGUCGCUCUGGAUAAGAGCGUCUGCUAAAUGACUAAAAUGUAAAUGUAAGUCUAAAUAAACCCUUUAGGCGUCCGCAUGCUUCCCAGCCGAAACAGUUCGGAAGAGUUCGUACAUAUAUUACGACGACAUUUUGUGACGUUUUUUUGUUCGUUUUGGACUUCGGUGAGGGUUUUUUCGGCUGUUCGGGCACACCAAACAUUUUCUGGAGGCAAACCGAUACACAUAACAUAGCUGACACUGCCAUAGGCCUAUUUGAAGUCCCUGUCUUGUGACUGUUGAAUUUGUAUAGCUCCUCACAACCAUCACACAUAACAUAGCUGACACUGCUAUCAUCCUCUUUUAUCACUUCACCAAAUCUUUCCCAAACAUGUAUUUUCUGGCCCUCCCUUCUCUUUAUCUUCAACUCUACAUUUCACAGCUUUUCUCUUAUUGAAUUAAACUCCCACAUUGUCCUUCCAUGGAUAGACGUUAACUUUUUCUGCCCGUUCCCAAAAGCAUUUGGCAAUUAGCGUUUAGGCAAUUUGGCGCUCGUACAGUUUGGCCCUAAAGCUUAUUAGUCUUACGCACUAAUGCCAGAUAACCUAAAAUAAUUAAAUAUAUUUUUUAAUGUAGCCUAUAGAUAUAUAUGGCACAGUUAUGGAUUUUUUUAUGCGUUGUUUUCUCUUUUUAUUCAACCCGCCCGGUCAUGCACCCGCCCUUCAUCCACACAAGAUGUCAUAACCCUAAACCCGCCCGUCCCGCUGAUAUAACCUAGGGGACUUCAGUUUAUGUGUCAACCCCCUCAUCACUAACUUGUACAUAUACAAGCAUACAUACAUACAUAUACAUAUAUAUAUAUAUAUAUAUACGCACACGUACGGUACAACCAUGCCUGACCAUAUCUCAUCUGUCCUGUCUCUCUAUGUCCUCAGGAUGGACUUUGCUAUCAGUAAGCUGCGGCGGUCUGGGAAUCACAAGGGUCUGUACAUCCUCCGUAGCAGCCCAAAGGACUACAACAAAUACUUCCUGUCUUUUGUAGUGGGCGUGAGUAUCAUACCGUACAAUACAGGUUGUUGAAAGACAUGGUGUUAAGUGUGUUUAUCCCAGACCCUUCAAUGUUUCCAGACCUGUCUCUCUCCCUGCAGUGUGACAGCCUAGUGGAGUAUAAGCACUGCCAGAUAGUGAAGACAGACCAGGGAGACUACAUCCUCUCUGGGGCCAAGAAGAGUUUCGGCUCUCUGAGGGAGCUGCUCCACCGCUACCAGAAAGAAGCGCUGCGCUCCGACGGACACAUCUUCCAGUUCACCAAGUGCUGCCCGCCUAAGGCUAAAGGUGAGGGGUCAGGGAAUAAGGGUCAUAGCUGUGUUUUGUGAUGAUAACAAUAUCAUAAACAGGCCUACUUCAUUUCUUUGGCCAAUGUUAGCAAUGUGGGCUGAUGUUAGCUCUCCAGCCACACUCAACUCUAGAUCUAUAUUCUCACAGUAGUUUGAUAAACAAAUAAUGCACUAUCAUUUAAAAGGAGACAUGGGACAAGUAUUGUAGUUCUUGCUCUUGUAAAACUAUCAUCAUGAAUAGGUCAUGCAUGACAGUUCAUAACGUUCAAGAGGGUUUAUUUUGGUCACGUUAUGUUCACCAGGAUAACCAAUUCCUUUGUCUAUACACAAACACAACAGAAACACUUGGACAAGGCCUCUGAGCCGCAUCGACCCCACUUCACACGUACUGUUCAUAACAUUUAUGUUGUGUCACAUACAUCACAUGUCUGACCCAACAGGCUCAGUCAGGCCAGGCAGUCAACCAGUGCAACUAACAGACCCUGAUGGUCAGAUUCAUUAGGUACCAAACGAAAAAAUAUUUAAAAAAACAUGAAACGGGGAGGGACUACCUGAACUUGUCCAACUUGUUUUUGUUUACCGUUGAAAAACUUUUUUCUGCAGUGUGCCCUAAUGAAUACGACCCGUAAGCGUAGUAGAUGACUAUGUACUCCUAAUUAACUUAACGUCCUCGUCUCUGUGUUCCCCGUGUCUGCAGACAAGUCUAACCUGUUGGUGUGCCGCAGUAACCAGGGGGCUGAGGUCCCCCUGUCCCCCACUCUACACAGACACAACAUCAGCCAGAUGGUCUUCCACAAGAUACGCAAGGAGGACCUCGUCAUCGUAAGAUACCUCACUCACUCACUCCUUCUCCUUCACUCUUGACCUAAAGGUCAAUUAGGAUACAUUUAGAGUUCCUAUUAUGGUGUAUUGACCUCUUUCACCUAUGACCCUUUCACCUGUGACACAGACAUACACCUGCAUGUGCAUGCACACAUUGACACACACACUUGAUAGAGGACUUCAAUCAGAGACUGAAUUGUCGCUCCUUAACUGGUUCAGGUGAAAUGGUGGAAUGAGAUCUAUCUAACUAUGGCAUGAUAUGAAUAAUGUAAGUUAAGCAGGAACCUGGAAUAUAAUAUACAUAGAAAUAAACACUCACAAAUACAAUUUAAAAAAGGGGCAACGUUCAAAUGUUCAAGUGAGGAUGUGUUUGCAUCAUCACAACAUGUUUUGGAUGACCAGGGAAAAGGAUAGGAUCCUAGACCCUGCUUCAUGCUUGUCUUGUGUUCCCUGUGUGUUACAGAAAGACAGUCUGGGUCAGGGAACGUUUACUAAGAUCUUCUGUGGCGUGAGGAAGGAGCUGGGAGACUACGGAGAAAUUCACCAGAUGGAUGUCAUUGUCAAGAUCCUGGAUAAGGCUCACCGCAACUACUCCGAGGUUGGUUGAGAACCUCUCCCCACCUCCAGUCAACAAGAUGUAGUGUUAAGGAGAUGGACUUGGAGUCUGAAACUCUUUUUGAAUUAGUUCUUGAAAGGGACAGGAAUCCUCCAUUGCUGAUAAGUCAUUUUAUUUAGCACAAUGUUUUGCCAAUUGAUUGUUCAUUUUCUAUGUUUGCUUACAUUUCCUAAGGCACAGUAUUUAACUCUGUCUGACCUCUGUUCUCUCCCUCUUCCCUCCAGUCGUUCUUUGAAGCCGCCAGUAUGAUGAGCCAGCUAUCCCAUAAGCACCUGCUCCUCAACUAUGGCGUGUGUGUCUGCGGGGAGGAGAGUAAGUGACAUUACACAAUUCUAUUAUACCUCUCACCGCUUCCUCUGUUAGCUUACCGCUCGCUCCAUCCCAACCUCCUCUGUUAGCUUACCGCUCGCUCCAUCCCAACCUCCUCUGUUAGCCUACCUCGCUCCAUCCUAACCUCCUCUGUUAGCCUACCUCGCUCCAUCCUAACCUCCUCUGUUAGCCUACCUCGCUCUCCAUACCAACCUCCUCUGUUAGCCUACCUCGCUCCAUCCUAACCUCCUCUGUUAGCCUACCUCGCUCCAUCCUAACCUCCUCUGUUAGCCUACCUCGCUCCAUCCCAACCUCCUCUGUUAGCCUACCUCGCUCCAUCCCAACCUCCUCUGUUAGCCUACCUCGCUCCAUCAAAACCUCCUCUGUUAGCCUACCUCGCUCCAUCCCAACCUCCUCUGUUAGCCUACCUCGCUCCAUCCUAACCUCCUCUGUUAGCCUACCUCGCUCCAUCCCAACCUCCUCUGUUAGCCUAUCUCGCUCCAUCCUAACCUCCUCUAUUAGCCUACCUCGCUCCAUCCUAACCUCCUCUGUUAGCCUACCUCGCUCUCCAUACCAAACUUUGCAAUGGGCCUAAGCCAGCAUUUCCCAAACUCGGUCCUGGGGACCCCAAGGGGUGUACGUUUUUGUUUUUUCCUGGCACUACCCAGCUGAUUCAAAUAGUCAAAGUUUGAUGAUGAGUUGAUUAUUUGAAUCAGCUGUGUAGUGUUAGGGCAAAAACCAAAACAUGCACCUUUUGGGACCCCCAGGACCGAGUUUAGGAAACGCUGGCCUAAGCUAACCCAAGCCUCCUUCUCUCACCACCCUAUCCCCUCACCACCCUAUCCCCUCACCACCCUAUCCCCUCACCACCCUAUCCUCUCACCACCCGAUCCCCUCACCACCCGAUCCCCUCACCACCCGAUCCUCUCACCACAUGAUCCCCUCACCACCCGAUCCUCUCACCACCCUAUCCUCUCACCACCCUAUCCUCUCACCACCCGAUCCUCUCACCACCCGAAACCUUCUAACCCCCCUAUCCCCUCACCACCCUAUCCCCUCACCACCCUAUCCUCUCACCACCCUAUCCCCUCACCACCCUAUCCUCUCACCACCCUAUCCUCUCACCACCCUAUCCCCUCACCACCCUAUCCCCUCAGGGUUCUGACCUUCUCUCUCUCCCCCUGAACUCUAUCUCCCUGCCCUCUCUACAAAACGGUUGUCCUCUGUAUUUCUGUCUGUCUCCCAGUCAGCGGCGUCCUAUCUGAGGAUCAGUGGAGGUGUUUUUAGUAAUGGGAUAGGGGCCUAUUUCUAGUUAAGUCCGACUGGGGCUGGAUUAAACACAGCAGUUCAUUGGGGCAUACAAUGGAACACGAAAAUUAGCAUUUCUUAUUGGACAAGUCCAGUUUUCUUCCGUUUGUAGCCUAAUGAACACGACCCUGGCCACGUGGCUUGUGCUCUCUGGGUAACAUCAGGGCCAGUGUCGGUCACACUGUCUGUCUGGAAUAAAAUACUUUUUAACGGUAGCUGUGACCUGUGACUGCUGUGAUCUGUGAUUACUGAACUGGCCGAGGCCCUAAGUUAAUCGUAUGUUAUGUAAGGACUGGAGCAGCCAGCUAUUGUAUGAAGUGCUGACUCAAAAUAUGAAGCAGGCCUCGCUCUAUAUAUCACUAUGCAUGGUCGUGCCUGGUUUUAAAGAUGUGUGUGUGAUCCAACACUCGAAUGGAUAAAUUAAGAUUGAUUUGAUACAGUAUGAAUAAGAAUAUUAAUGUGGAUUGACAUUGGAUGCUUUUACCCUCCAGUCCUUAUUGACCAUAGAAGUUGGGAAAUUGCUAAUCAAAACCGUAUGGCAGUUUUACGUCCCUUUAUUUGAUGUGAUGUGCUACAGUGGUCCAGCUGUGAUUGUUGUGUUCUAAUCCUUUGCCUUUCAGACAUGAUGGUGCAGGAGUAUGUGAAGUUUGGGUCCCUGGAUACAUACCAGAAGAAGAACAAGAGCUCUGUGAAUAUCACCUGGAAGCUGGAGGUUGCCAAGCAGUUGGCCUGGGCUAUGCAUUACCUGGUAAGGCCAAUCAAUCAAUGAAUCAAAUCAGUCCAUCAAUUAACCAAUCAACCAAUUACCUAGUAAGACACCCUAAUCAUAAUACUCUGGAAGGACCUCCAUUCAUAAGGCCCCACACGGUUCACAGAAUGUAUGCACUCCCUGAACAGUAAAUGGCUUUGGUUAGAAGCGUCUGCUAUGUGACCUCGUUGGUCUAGCGGUCAGCGCUGCGGCCUACAGCACAAAUACCAGUGUUUUCAUGGGUUAAAAUCUGAGCUAUUGUCUAUGGCUGAGUUUACACAGGCAGCCCGGUUUCAAAUCCGACCCUACUGUAUAUGGCUGUGUUUACACAGGCAGCCCGGUUUCAAAUCUGACCCCACUGUAUAUGGCUGCGUUUACACAGGCAGCCCAAUUCUGAUCUUUUCCCACCAAUUUAUCUUUUGGCCAAUCAGAUCAGCUCUUUUGCCAAUAAUUGGGCAAAAGUUCUGAAUGGGCUGCCUGUGUAAACGCAGCCAUAGUCAGUGGGUCAGAUCUGAAUGGGCUGCCUGUGUAAACGCAGCCAUAGUCAGUGGGUCAGAUCUGAAUGGGCUGCCUGUGUAAACGCAGCCAUAGUCAGUGGGUCAGAUCGGAAUGGGCUUCCUGUGUAAACGCAGCCUUAGACGUGGGUCAGAUCGGAAGGGCUGCCUGUGUAAACGCAGCCAUAGACAGUGGGUCAGAUCGGAAUGGGCUGCCUGUGUAAACGCAGCCAUAGUCAGUGGGUCAGAUCGGAAUGGGCUUCCUGUGUAAACGCAGCCAUAGACAGUGGGUCAGAUCGGAAUGGGCUGCCUGUGUAAACGCAGCCAUAGACAGUGGGUCAGAUCGGAAUGGGCUGCCUGUGUAAACGCAGCCAUAGACAGUGGGUCAGAUCGGAAUGGGCUGCCUGUGUAAACGCAGCCAUAGUCAGUGGGUCAGAUCGGAAUGGGCUUCCUGUGUAAACGCAGCCUAUGUGAUGCACUUUUCCCAACCUAUCUUUCCCACUUUCUCUCUCCUCUGUCCAAUAAAACAUAUUAAAUACGACUGUGUCUGCUAACUGGCUUAUAUAUCAUGUAGUGGUGUUACUUUUGUGUUCAAUCUGCCACAAAUCUGUCCGUCAUAUUCAAUUCUAUAACAGGAGGAUAAGAACCUGGUCCAUGGGAACGUGUGCGCCAAGAACGUCCUGUUGAUCCGAGAGGAGGACAGGAAGACUGGGAACCCCCCCUUCAUCAAACUGAGUGACCCUGGAAUCAGCAUCACUGUGCUGCCCAAAGAUGGUGAGCACCAGCCCUUGUAUCAGUUAUUACAAAGAGAUACUGUACUAAGAAAAUUGCACUUCAGAUGUUGAAUGGGCAAGACAAAAUAUGUAAGUGCCUUUGAACGGGGUAUGGUAGUAGGUGCAAGGCGCACCGGUUUGUGUCAAGGACUGUAACGCUGCUGGGUUAUUCACGCUCAACCGUUUCCCGUGUGUAUCAAGAAUAGUCCACCACCCAAAGGACAUCCAGCCAACUUGACACAACUGUGGGAAGCAUUGGAGUCAACAUGGGCCAGCAUCCCUGUGGAACGCUUUCGACACCUUGUAGAGUCCAUGCCCCGACGAAUUGAGGCUGUUCUGAGGGCAAAAGGGGUGUUCAAUAUUAGGAAGGUGUUCUUAAUGUUUUGUACACUGUGUACAUUGGCAGCUAAAAGCAUACGGCGCUCAAACAAACAAGAACAGUAGCUCAGGAAGGGAGUAUCUUUUAAUGUCUGUGUCCAACACAUCCCACUCUCCUCUCCUCCGCCGCCCCUCCAGUCCUUGUGGAGCGGAUCCCCUGGGUGCCUCCAGAGUGUAUAGAGGAGCCCAGACAUCUGACUCUGGCUUCAGAUAAGUGGGCCUUCGGCACCACUCUGUGGGAGAUCUGUAGUGGAGGUGACAAACCACUCAGCACGCUGGACUGCUCCAAGGUAGGGACUGCUGGAGGUGCUGUUGUUGUGGUUGUGCAAUGAACAGUUUUAUUCAUGAUGGUAAUAGUUAUAUAUUGUUCUAUAAUUCUAAUACGGUCCGUAGAGCAGGAGCCUAACUGCAUUAUAAUGUAUUAUAGUAAAGUAUUACGAAGAGUAAAGAAUAAAGAGUUAUGUUCCUCUGUUAUAGGCCAUAGUUAAUGUAGUCUUAUUGUCCUCUGUAGAAACGCCUGUUCUACGAAGACCACCACCAGCUGCCUGCUCCUAAAUGGACAGAGCUGGCCAACCUGAUCAACAGCUGUAUGGACUAUGAGCCGUCCAACAGACCCUCCUUCAGAGCUGUCAUCAGAGACCUCAACAGCCUCUUUACUCCUGGUUGGUUGCCUCCUCCUCUUUCUACUUUUCUGCAGACCGACAAACAUGUAACUCUAGUCAUAUAUAUAUAUAUAUAUAAUAUAGAACAUAGGCUAUGGGUCACUGUCAAUGUUGACAGUUCUAUGACUCUUUUUGGGUAAAAAUGUCUGCCAGAUUAGCGUAUAUUUUUGGGGGGUUUGUUUACAGAAGGUGUUAAUUGUGUUCUGUCCUGUCUCCUGCUCCAGACUAUGAGUUGCUGGUGGAGAGUGACAUGGUGCCCAACAGGACCAGAGGGUUUGGGUUCCCAGGGGCUUUUGAGAACCAAGACCCUGCUCAGUUUGAAGAGAGACAUCUCAUCUUCCUCAAGCAGCUGGGCAAGGUUAGACAACACACACACACACACCGCCACUCUGUCUCUAUCACACUGUCAUCCCAAUAUGUCAUUGAUUCCUUUUUUUCUCAACCUCUUUCUUUUGUUCACUGCCCCCCCCCCCACUUAUUUUUCUCUCUUUUACAUCAUUACAUCUCCCUCUGUCUCUCUCGCUCACUUACUCUCUCUAUCUCUCUCGCUCUCCCCCGCUCUCCCCCUCUCUCUCCCUCUCUAUCUCUCCCUUGCUCUCUUUCUCUAUCUCUCCCUCCCUCUCUCUCCCUCCCUCUCUCUCUCUCUCUCUCUCUCUCUCUCUUUUUCAGGGUAACUUUGGCAGUGUGGAGAUGUGUAGGUAUGACCCUCUGCAGGAUAACACAGGGGAGGUGGUGGCAGUCAAGAAGCUGCAGCACAGCACAGCAGAACACCUCCGAGACUUUGAACGGGAGAUCGAGAUCCUCAAGUCCCUUCAACAUGACAACAUCGUCAAGUACAAGGGAGUGUGCUACAGUGCUGGUGAGAUUGACCAUCAUGACUAGAGUAACUUAAAUCACCAAGGCAGGGGGAUCAGUGCAUCCUGUCCAUUUAGUGAAAAAUGGGCUAGGGUUGUGUUGAGUAGUGCAGCGGUUUUCAAACCUUUCCUCUAGGACCCCCAGACAUUUCACAAUUUUGUUGUAGCCCUGAACUAGCUCACUGAUUUACCUAAUCAGGGUCUUGAUAACAAAAUAAAAAUGUUACCUUUAUUUAACUAGGCAAGUCAGUUAAGAACAAAUUCUUAUUUACAAUGACGGCCUACACCGGCCAAACCCGGACGACGCUGGGUCAAGUGUGCGCCGCCCUAUGGGACUCCCAAUCACGGCCGGUUGUGAUACAGCCUGGAAUCGAACCAGGGGGUCUGUAGUGACACCUCAAGCACUGAGAUGCAGUGCCACUCAGGAGCCCUAGUUGACCAGUUCAAUCAGGAGCGGCUGGGUGUCCGUGAAGAGAGGCUUGAAAACCCCUUGCAGUAGGGUACACUGUAACAAAACAUUUUGCAAGGUAAAACCAAAAUCUGUUCUUAUUGGACAAGUUCAGGCAGUAGCUCUCCAUUUAACAACAGUUAUCCCUACUGAAUAACACCCUGAUCUCCUCUCUCUCUGUUGGCUUCCUGUCUGACCCUCUCUCUCUGUUGGCUUCCUGUCUGACCCUCUCUCUCUGCUGGCUUCCUGUCUGACCCUCUCUCUCUCUCUCUCUCUCUCUCUCCUCUUCCUACUCUCUCUCUCUUCUAUCUCUCUCUCUCUCUCUCUCUCUAUCUCUCUCUCUCUCUCUCUCUCUCUCUCUCUCUCUCUCUCUCUCUCUCUUUCUGUUGGGUUCCUGUCUGACCCUCUCUCUCUUUCUCUCUCUCUCUCUCUCUCUCUCUCUCUCUCUCUCUCUCUCUCUCUCUCUCUCUCUCUCUCUCUCUCUCUCUCUCUCUCUCUCUCUCUCUCUGUUGGGUUCUGUCUGACCCCCCCUCUUCUCUCUCUCUCUCUGUUGGGUUCCUGUCUGACCCUCUCUCUCUCUCUCUUUCUCUCUCUGUUGGGUUCCUGUCUGACCCUCUCUCUUUCUCUGUUGGGUUCCUGUCUGACCCUCUCUCUCUGUUGGGUUCCUGUCUGACCCUCUCUCUCUGUUGGGUUUCUGUCUGACCCCCCCCCCCCCCUCUCUCUCUCUCUAUCUCUCUCUCUCUCUCUCUCUCUCUGUUGGGUUCCUGUCUGACCCCCCUCCUCUCUCUCUCUAUGGUCCCCCCUCUCUCUGUUGGGUUCCUGUCUGACCUUUCUCUUUCUCUGUGGGUUCCUGUCUGACCCUCUCUCUCUGUUGGGUUUCUGUCUGACCCCCCCCCCCCCCCCCCCCCCCCCCCCCCCUCUCUCUCUGUUGGGUUCCUGUCUGCCCCCCUCUCUCUCUGUUGGGUGCCUGUCUGACCCUCUCUCUCUCUCUCUCUCUCUCUCCUCUCUCUCUGUAUGGGUGCCUGUCUGACACCCACCCCCCCCCCCUCUCCCUCUCUCUCUGUGGGUUCCUGUCUGACCCUCUCUCCUCUCUCUCUCUCUCUGUUGGGUUCCUGUUGACCCCCCCCCCCCCCUCUCUCUCUCUCUCUCUGUUGGGUGCCUGUCUGACCCCCCCUCUCUCUCUCUCCCUCUGUGGGUGCACUGUCUGACACCCCCCCCCCUUUCCCAUCUCUCUCUCUCUCUCCCUCUUCUCUCCUGUUGGGUUCUGUGCCCCCUCUCUCUCUGUUGGGUGCCUGUCUGACCCUCUCUCUCUCUCUCUCUCUGGUUGGGUGCCUGUCUGACCCCACCCCCCCCCCCUCUCUCUCUCUCUCUGUUGGGUUCCUGUCUGACCCCCCCCCCCCCCCCCCCCUCUCCCUCUCUCUCUGUUGGGUUCCUGUCUGACCCUCUCUCUCUCUCUCUCUCUGUUGGGUGCCUGUCUGACCCUCUCUCUCUCUCUCUCUCUCUCUCUCUCUGUUGGGUUCCUGUCUGACCCCCCCCCUCUCUCUCUCUCUCUGUUGGGUUCCUGUCUGACCCUCUCUCUCUCUGUUGGGUGCCUGUCUGACCCUCUCCCUCCCCUAUUCCCAGGCCGGAGGAACCUGCGUCUCAUCAUGGAGUACCUCCCUUACGGCAGUCUGAGGGACUACCUCAUCAAGAACAAGGGCUGCUUCGACUACAAGAAGCUUCUGCACUACGCCUCACAGAUCUGCAAGGUACACUACUCCUGUACUUCUGUAAUACUGUAAAAACAGCUGGAUGGAGGAUGGUAUGUUAUACCAUCAAUCAGUCAAAUGAUGAUGGUGAUUGAUUGAUGUUAUGUCAUCACUGCUGCUCAUCAUUACUGAGGUCAAAAGAAACAGGUGGAAAUAAAUCUCUCUUACAAUGAAUUGAACCAUCAGUUAAUAUCUAUAUUAUCAAUAUCUAUUUGAGAGGUAUGUAUAUAGAUAUAAAUAUCUAUUUGAGGUAUGUGGAUCAUGUUUGUGGAACAUCCUUAGUGUUUCCCAUUGUAAAACAACAGCCUUACCCUCUACCUGUGUGAUCACGUCUGUAGGGUAUGGACUACCUGGCGACCAAGCGCUACAUCCACAGAGACCUGGCCACCCGUAACAUCCUGGUAGAGAGUGAGCUGAGGGUGAAGAUAGGAGACUUUGGCCUCACCAAGGUCCUGCCUCAGGACAAGGAGUACUACACUGUCAGAGAGCCGGGAGAGAGCCCCAUCUUCUGGUGAGAAAAGAUACAGCAACUUCUCUUAGUAGGCGGGGGAGAAUCAUACGUUUGUUUCCCUCCAACAUCUCUUAUAUCUAUAUACUCAGGCCUGGAGGGAAGCUAAAGUCAUUCCGCUACCUAAGAAUAGUAAAGCCCCCUUUGGUCAGCUAUUUGAGUCAGUAAUCAGCCUGUUACCAAUCCUUAGUAAACUUUUGGAAAAAAUUGACCAGUUUGACCAGAUACAGUAAACAAAUUGACAACAUACUUUCAGCAUGCUUAUAGGGAAAGACAUUCAACAAGCAUAGCACUUACACAAAUGACUGAUGAUUGACUGAGAGAAAUUGAUGAUGAAAAGAUUGUGGGGGCUGUUUUGUUAGACUUCAGUGCGGCUUUUGACAUUAUCGAUCAUAGUCUGCUGCUGGAAAAAACGUAUGCGUUAUGGCUUUACACCCCCUGCUAUAUUGUGGAUAAAUAGUUACCUGUCUAACAGAACACAGAGGGUGUAUUUGUAUUUAUUAGGGAUCCCCAUUAGUUCCUGCCAAGGCAGCAGCUACUCUUCCUGGGGUCCAAACACAUUAAGGCACUUACAUUACAUAUAAAACAGUACAUCAUAUAACAUUAUUACACCACUACAUAUCUACAAUACAAAAUGUAUAAUACCACCAUACAACAAUACUACAAUGUACGUGUGUGUAGAGUGCGUGUGUCUGUACCUUUGUGUGUGUCUCUUCACAGUCCCCGCUGUUCCAUAAAGUGUAUUUUUUUCAAUCUGAUUCUACUGCUUGCAUCAGUUACCUGAUGUGGAAUAGAGUUCCAUGUAGUGUAAUGGCUCUAUGUAGUACUGUGCGCCUCCCAUAGUCUGUUCUGGACUUGGGGAUUGUGAAGAGACCUCUGGUGGCAUGUCUUGUGGGGUAUGCAUGGGUGUCCGAGCUGUGUGCUAGUAGUUUAAACAGACAGCUCGGUACAUUCAGCUUGUCAACACUUCUUACAAAAACAAGUAGUGAUGAAGUCAAUCUCUCUUCCACUUUGAGCCAUGAGAGAUUGACAUGCAUAUCAUUGUUAGCUCCCCGUGUACUUUUAAGGGCCAGCCGUGCUGCCCUGUUCUGAGCCAAUUGUAAUUUUCCUAAGUCCCUCUUUGUGGCACCUGACCACACGACUAAAGAGUAGUCCAGGUGCGACAAAACUAGGGCCUGUAGGACCUGCCUUGUUGAUAGUGCUGUUAAGAAGGUAGAACAGCGCUUUAUUAUGGACAGACUUCUCCCCAUCUUCGCUACUGUUGUAUCAAUAUGUUUUGACCAUGACAGUUUACAAUCCAGGGUUACUCCAAGCAGUUUAGUCACCUCAAAUUGCUCAAUUUCCACAUUAUUCAUUACAAGAUUUAGUUGAGGUUUAGGGUUUAGUGAAUGAUUUGUCCUAAAUACAAUGCUUUUAGUUUUUGAAAUUAUUAGGACUAAUUUAUUUCUUGCCACCCAUUCUGAAACUAACUGCAGCUCUUUGUUAAGUGUUGCAGUCAUUUCAGUCGCUGAAGUAGCUGACGUGUAUAGUGUUGAGUCAUCCGCAUACAUAGACACACUGGCUUUACUCAAAGCCAGUGGCACGUCUUUAGUAAAGAUUGAAAAAAGUACGGGGCCUAGACAGCUGCCCUGGGGAAUUCUUCUUUUCUGCCCAAGGGUUUUUUUUUUCUGAUGCAAGCAGUAUAAACAUAUAAAAAUACACCUUAUGAACCAGUGGGGACUGUGAAGAGACACACACAAAGGUACAGACACGCAUACGCACACAAACGUUAGCGCACGCACUCUACAAACACACGUACAUUGUAGUAUUGUUGUAUGGUGGUAUUAUACAUGUUGUAUUGUAGAUAUGUAGUGGUGUAAUAAUGUUAUAUGAUGUACUGUUUUAUAUGUAAUGUAAGUGCCUUAAUGUGUUUGGACCCCAGGAAGAGUAGCUGCUGCCUUAGCAGGAACUAAUGGGGAUCCCUAAUAAAUACAAAUACAAUUCAAAGCCUUUUGAAUGAAUCAGGGAUAUAUUUCUUCCUGAUUUUAAAAUAAUCUGGGUUUUUCUGACACAAUCCUCUAUCUACACUACCGGUCAAAAGUUUUAGAACUUUCAAGUUUUAGAACCCUUGCUCAUUCAAGGAUUUUUCUUUAUUUUUUACUAUUUUCUACAUUGUAGAAUAAUAGUGAAGACAUCAAAACUAUUAAAUAACACAUAUGGGAUCAUGUAGUAACCAAAAAAAGUGUUAAACAUAUCAAAAUAUAUUUUAUAUUUGAGAUUCUUCAAAUAGCCACCCUUUGCCUUGAUGACAGCUUUGCACACUCUUGGCAUUCUCUCAACCAGCUUCACCUGGAAUGCUUUUCCAACAGUCUUGAAGGAGUUCCCACAUAUGCUGAGCACUUGUUGGCUGCUUUUCCUUCACUCUGCUGUCCGGCUCAUCCCAAACCAUCUCAAUUUGGUUGAGGUCAGGGGAUUGUGGAGGCCAGGUCAUCUGACGCAGCACUCAAUCACUCUCUUUGGUAAAAUAGCCAUUACACAGCCUGGAUGUGUGUUGGGUCAUUGUCCUGUUGAAAAACGAAUAAUAUUCCCACUAAGCGCAAACCAGAUGGGAUGGCGUAAUGCUGCAGAAUGCUGUGGUAUCCAUGCUGGUUAAGUGUGCCUUGAAUUCUAAAUAAAUCACAGACAGUGUUACCAGCAAAGCACCACCACACCAUAACACCUCCUCCUCCUCCAUGCUUUACGGUGGGAAAUACACAUGCAGAGAUCAUCUGUUCACCCACAACGCGUCUCACAAAGACACGGCGGUUGGAACCAAAAAUCUCCAAUUUGGACUCCAGACCAAAGGACAGAUUUCCACUGGUCUAAUGUCCAUUGCUCGUGUUUCUUGGCCCAAGCAAGUCUCUUAUUAUUAUUGGUGUCCUUUAGUAGUGAUUUCUUUGCAGCAAUUCUACCAUGAAGGACUGAUUCACACAUUCUCCUCUGAACAGUUGAUGUUGAGAUGUGUCUGUUAUUUGGACAGCGAUUUCUGAGGCUGGUAACUCGAAUGAACGUAUCCUCUGCAGCAGAGGUAACUCUGGGUCUUCCAUUCCUGUGGCGGUCCUCAUGAGAGCCAGUUUCAUCAUAGCGCUUGAUGGUUUUUGCGACUGCACUUGAAGAAACUUUCAAAAUUCUUGAAAUGUUCCAUAUUGACUGACCUUCAUGUCUUAAAGUAAUGAUGGACUGUCAUUUCUCUUUGCUUAUUUGAGCUGUUCUUGCCAUAAUAUGACUUGGUCUUUUACCAAAUAGGGCUAUCUUCUGUAUACCCCCCCUACCUUGUCACAACACAACUGAUUGGCUCAAACGCAUUAAGAAGGAAAGACAUUCCACAAAUGAACUUUUAAGAAGGCACACCUGUUAAUUGGAAAUGCAUUCCAGGUGACUACCUCAUGAAGCUGGUUGAGAGAAUGCCAAGAGUGUGCAAAGCUGUCAUCAAGACAAAGGGUGGCUAUUUGAAAUAUAUUUUUAUUUGUUUAACAGUUUUUUGGUUACUACAUGAUUCCAUGUGUUAUUUCAACGUUUUGAUGUCUUCACUAUUAUUCUACAAUGUAGAAAAUAGUAAAAAUAAAGAAAAACCCUUGAAUGAGUAGGUGUUCUAAAACUUUUGACCUGUAGUGUAUGUAUUUAGAUUUAUUUGAUGUGUGAGCUUAUUUGACCUUUGUUGUGUUGAAGGUAUGCCCCGGAGUCUCUGACAGAGAGCAAGUUUUCAGUGGGCUCUGAUGUGUGGAGCUUUGGAGUGGUCCUCUAUGAGCUGUUCACUCACAGUGACAAGAACUGCAGUCCUCCAGCAGUACGUCUCUCAGUCUAUACUGUUGUUCCUCUUCUUCAACCUCACACUAUCACUUUUCAUCUCUGUUGCUUUGAUCCCUCCUCUGUCUCCAUCAACCUUUCUCUCUUUGAUGCUGCUUACUGUGGAAAGAGCUUGAAUAAGACUUUUUAUAGUCAUAAUUAUGGCUAUUCCAGACUCUUUCUUGUCCCAUGUGGUCUCUGUAUGUGUAAUUUCCAGUUAAUCGGAAAUUACACUGAAGCAUUUCCCUUUGCAAAUUUGACUAGUUUACUUGCCAUCCUUAAACUGUAUUUGAUGCUGUAAUUAACUCAGUUCUUACCCCCUCCUCCUCCCCCUCUUCUCCCUCCUCCUGCCCCCUCUUCUCCCUCCUCCUGCCCCCUCCUCUCCCUCCUCCUGCCCCCUCCUCUUCCUCCUUCUCCUCCUCUUCCUCCUUCUCCUCCUCUUCCUCCUCCUCCCCUCUUCCCCCUCAUCCUCUUCCUCCCCCUCUUUCUCAUCCUCCCCUUCCUCCUCCUUUCCAGGUGUUCAUGGAUAAGAUGGGCAGUGACAAGCAGGGCCAGAUGAUAGUGUAUCAUCUCAUAGAUCUCCUGAAGAGAGGAUACAGACUGCCUGCUCCCAAGGGCUGCCCGGAGGAGGUGAGUCUGUCUGUCUGUCUGUCUGUUUUAGUGUACCUCUGAUUGCAAUGUAACCUUGAGCCUCCCUCUGUACCCUUCAGAUUAACCACAUGAUGAUGGAGUGCUGGAACGUUGACCCAGCCCUGCGGCCCACCUUCAAGAAGUUAGCCCAGAGUGUGGACAUAUUCCGGGACAGUAAGGAGGGUUGA